AUAAGUUAAUAAAAAAAAAUCUACUUUGAAUGGUUUCAGCCCUGCUCUGAUUAGAAAAUAUAUUUAAGGUGGUUGAACUAUAAUCUCCUUACUGCUGGAUGUUUGCUUUGUUGCUGCUGAACUAAUUAUCCUGCUAUUCACACACAUUAAUCCACGCUAAGACAUCAGCUGAAUGACUGCAAUCUAAAUUGUGUAAUGUAACGAAUCGUGCGUUGGCCCUGAGGGUAUGGACAUUCCUCUGUACCACCCAAUACACUGGUAGCUUCGAGCCUGAUAGGUCACAAGGACCUCGAAGAUCACGUGACUCAUUCCUCUGAAGUUUCAUCUCAGCUGAGCCGCCUGACAUGGGGCCGCUCGCUCGGCUGGGCGGUCUGUCUCUGCUCUGCUGAACUGCUUCCCAGUGUUGUCUGGGCUGGAGCUGAGGGCAGAUGAAUCUGAUGUCUGAGCAGAAGCAUGAGGAUCUAGACAUACAGCUCCUUAUGGCUUUAUAUGAUGAAAACAUCCUGAAGAAUACUUUCUACUUGGCAUUGGAGAAGCAGAGACCAGACCUCUGCAGCCGAGUGGCAGAGCUCCACGGCAUCGUCCUCGUUCCCUGUUGUGGAAGUUUGACCGUCAGCAGCUACUCGGACUCUCAGUUCGACAGCUAUGUCCUGCAGCCUGUCGAGGAUGGAUACCAGACUCUGGAUGGAAAGGAGGUCAGGAUUCAGGAGAGGCAGAUCCUGCUUGGAUCCGGCUUCCCGGCUCCGGCCUCGGUGCCCAUCCUGUUUGAGGAAACCUUCUACAAUGAGCUUGAGCAGAGCUACAGCAUCCUCUGCAUCUCCCGGCCUGUCGAAAUGGAUACAAGCCCCGCCGAACUCAGCCCUCCGCCCCCCUACUGCCUGAAGAGUGUGGAGGACGUCAGGGAGUUCCUGGGCCGCCACGCCCAGAAACUGGACAAGUUCAUCCACAGCUUCUGUCAGGCCUUCAAGGAGCAGGAGAGGAAGGGACUCCGACACCACAUAGACUCGGUGAAUGGUCUCUACAUUAAAUGUCUUCAGUGUCUGCUGAGAGACUCUCGCCUGAAACUUCUGACAAAGCAGGAGCUUCAGUUGACUCUUCUCAAACAGGCAGUGGAGAUGUAUGUUCAUCAUGGUAUCCAUGAUUUCAUCUUUAACUUUGUGGGAACCCUUGAAGCCAGCCAGGAUGCUGCCUUCAAUAAAACCACCAGGAGUCUGCAGGAGCUGCAGCAGAAAGACCUGGGAGUCAAACCUGAGUUCAGUAUAAACUUGUCUCGUGCAAAAAGAGAGCUAAGUCAGCUCAACCAGCAGACCUCCCCACUCCUCAAACUGCUCUGCCUGCGCAGAGUCACCAUGACUGCCACUCAGACACCCAGAUGCACAGUCAGUAUUGAGGCUGUAUGUGCAGACGACCUUCUCUCUGUCAUCCUCUACCUGCUGGUGAAGACGGAAAUCCCCAACUGGAUGGCCAACCUGAGCUAUAUCAGGAACUUCUGCUUCAGCCAUUCCAGUAAAGAUGAGCUCAGCUACUGUCUGAGCACCUUCGAGGCCGCGGUGGAAUACAUCAACCUGGGGAAGCUGCAGGACACACGCUCUGGCUGCCCAGGUGAGCUGAACGACAAGGCGUUGUUCAAAGAGAGGAUGAGGUCAUUAUCUCAGAGCACCGCCACACCCAUCCACUGUUUGUUUGAGCACAUAGCCAAAGGAAACGAGGCAGAGGUUGAACGUCUGCUGAGUGAAGGAGAGAGCGACGAGGACGUUAGAAUGUGUCAUCCCCUCUGCUCCUGUGACCUCUGUGACCUCCAGCUGUCCGGGCGACUGAACGACCCGUCCAUCGUCACGCCAUUCUCCAGAGACGAGCGAGGUUACACUCCGCUACACGCUGCUGCUAUCUGUGGUCAGGCCCAGCUGAUAGACCUGCUGGUGUGUAAAGGAGCGACGGCCAACGCCACAGAUUACCACGCCCUCACACCGCUGCACCUGGCCUGCCAACGUGGAUACCAGGGAGUCACGCUGCUGCUGCUGCACUACAAGGCCAACACAGAUGCUCAGGACAACAACGGCAACACGCCGCUGCACCUCGCCUGCAUGUACGGACACGAGGACUGUGUGAAGGCCUUGGUGUACUACGACGUCCAAACCUGCCGGCUGGACCUGCAGAACGAUAAAGGCGACACGGCGCUGCACCUGGCAUCCCGAUGGGGCUACGAGGGAAUCAUCCAGGUGCUGCUGGAGAAUGGAGCGAGCGCCAAUGUCCCCAACAAGAGCAAAGACUCGCCGUUGCAGUGUGCGCUCAACUCUAAGAUCCUUGUGUUGUUGCAGUCGUCUCAGAAUGGCCGUCAUUGCAGAGGCAGCCGAGUUGAUUCUCCCAGUCGCUCCCCUCUGGCCUCAGACUGCAGCAGCCGCCGCUCCUCAGUCUCCAGCAACUCCUCUCUGGGCUCCGAGGCCAAACCAGAGGGAGAACGGGUCCGACACAGAGAGGUGGAGAAGCUGCUGCGUGCGGUGGCAGAUGGCGACGUGGAGAUGGUGCGUUACCUGUUGGAGUGGAUGGAUGAGGAGGAGGAAGAAGGAGAGUUUCGGUCGGAGGCGCUGCUCUGCCACCCGCUGUGUCAGUGUCCAAACUGUGGCCCCACCCAGAAGCUGUCUGUUCUGCAGGCCGGCACUCUCGGGGUUAACAGCUGUAACGUUGACGGCUUCACACCCCUCCACGUCGCCGCCCUGCACGGCCACUCUGCGCUGGCGGCCCAGCUGAUCCGCCACGGGGCCAGUAUCAACGCCCGCACCAACCAGAGCGCCACGCCGCUUCACCUGGCCAGCCAGAACAGCCACGUCCAGGUGGUGAGGUUGCUGCUGGAGUGCAAUGCCAAACUGAAUAAGAAGGAUCACUAUGGCAACACACCUCUGAUGCUUGCCUGUCUCUGUGGAAACAUGGAGACAGUCACCAUACUGUUGCAGAGUAAAGCACUGGUGAACAUAGCAAACCUCCAGGGGAACACGGCGCUCCAUGAGGCGGUCCGGGGUGGACACCAGGCACUGGUGGAGCUGCUGCUGAGGGCUGGAGCCUCACCCGGCCUCAGGAACAAGAGACAGAGGACGCCACUGGACUGCGCCUACGAACUGGGCGGCAAGAACACUGAGAUCCUGAGAGCUCUGCAGAAAGCGUCUGGACUUUCCCCUGAUGAUGAGCCAAUCAAACUCCUCUCUGUGCCCAAAGGAGCUCUAGCUCAUUCAUUUGUGCAGCGUCUCAGGCUGCAGGAUCACUCCAGCAGCAGGAGACAGAAAGUGGCUCAGUCCAUCAGCAGGGUCCAGCAGAUGAAGAAAGGUUCCUCUGGUUCUCCCCCCAGGUGUUCACCAACCCUGAACCAGGUGAAUCCAGACAGGAGGAGGUUAAGGCGAGGGGAGACGGUGGAGGUCAGCAGCCCCUCAGGAAGCCUUCACGCUGGCCCCCGGCGAGGAGAGCGGCCCCUGGGACGAUGUCACACCCUGGACUCUGGAGAACGCUCGCCAUGGCGGCUGGAGUCUACACUGCCCUGCAACACAACUGAAUGCAAUCCGGAAGAGAGCGGUCAGACUGUUUACACACACACACACAAAACAGCUGACGUCACUCUGGCAGCAGGUCUUCACACGUCCAGAGAUACAGACGAAACACACUCCACUGAUGUCUCCAGCUAUAGCACAGGUAGCGAGACCUCACCAUCUCCGCCAUCUAACAUGUCGUCACAUGAUGAUUAUUUGUUUGACGCCCCUCCCACACACAUCCUAGCUAAACCUUCUGCUUCACACGAGUCGGACGAGCCGUCGCACGUCAACAGCCAAAGCCUCUGUCCUGUUACCGGAACAUUAGCGGAGCCAUCUGAUGAUCACACUCGGCCUUGUGUCGACGCUGAGGCCUCACAGUCAGAAGGAAAAGAUGGGAACUCCAACCCCACCCACCCCGCUGACCUCCACCCCCCCGUCCAGAAGUCAAAUGGAUUCAACUAGCUGCUGGUUGUAGCUAAAAACUGUCCACAAUUUUCACUUCACAGAAACACACAUACAUUGUAAUAGGUUAAAGGGUCAGUUCACUCAUAUUACAAAAAAACAUAUGCUCUUCCAUACUGUACCUGUAGUUGGAUUUAGUCAUGCAAGUUGGAUUUAUAUGUCCUGGUCGCGUAUGUCUGCCUCCACUUCCGUACAGUAGAGAUUAAUUAAGUUGCGUUUGUAUAGUUAACAACAUGAGACACUAGAAUCAGUCUCUUCUUUAAAUGCAUUGAGACUCGAAAGUAGCAUAGUGGUAAAUUAACAAUUAAUUCCAGUUUAUCAGACACAACAACACUGCACAGGCGUUCAUAUCAUUAUGGACAGGUUAUAAAGAGUCAUCACAGCUGCAAUUAUUUUAUCCCCCGUCUCCACCGUGGCGAUGAAAACAUAUCUGAAUUGUCCACUUGCACAUACUUAACUGUGUUAUUAAAAAGUAACCGCAAAACUGUUUGCAGAAAGGGAUGUUGUUUCCAUGUUUCCUUUCCCCUCUGCUGUGCCAAGCUGGAGGCAGAAAUCUCAGAGACAAUGAUUGAACAAAAAUAUAAUUGUAUCUCCAUAGAAAGUAAAGAGAUUGGAAUAACUAACCCUUUAAAGUCAAAAUUAAAUGUGAAAGCGGCGGCGUCGUGUGUCUGACACAUCUCUGACAGCGCACACACAAAUCCCCAGGUUUUUUCCCUGUUGUUGUUGUUGUUGAUGUUUUUAUGCUCAGUCUUAGCGGAGAGACUUGAUUCAGAGAGAUUUGAAGUAGCUGUUGUGACAUAAAUGGCAGAAAAAUGUAUGCCAUAUUUGUUUUCUAACCACCCCCUCCCCCCGGAAAAAAAACCCAUAACGUUUUAGUAGUUCAUUUUGUUGAUAUGAAUAGAUGUACACCCAAAAAACUGCUUUAGACACUUGAAUCAAAUCAAACGGCCUAUUCCUUCCUAACCAACAUCCUGUUGACUAAAACUUUGUUUCUUUAUUUCAAAAACAUCAACAACAUAACUGAAUACACACAAAACAUGUUUAGGAACUGAGGUUGAUUCUGCUUGCGUAUCACAUCAUUUCAUUGUGACUUUAGCAGUGAUAUUAACAGACCUGAGGAUUUUUCCCACUGAAAACUGCUGUGUAGCAGCUCCUGUAUCUCCUCCUCCUCCCCCUCCUCCCCUUGAGUGGGAAGCACUUCUUCUAGCCUAAAGAAAAAGGGAUGCAAACUGCCGUUGUUUUAGUUUCAUACUGUAUCGAAUGUUGUUGCUUUAGCUUUUUUGAAGCCACUAGACUGUAACUCUGAUCUGAGAUUUUGUUUUUUACUUGAAUACUAGUUGUUUGUUAGAUUUCAGUGUAUCAAAAAUGGAUUUGAUUGUCAGGGAGGUUUGUCAUUUUCCCCUGUAUAACAUCUUACUUAUCCAUGUACUGUUUUAUUAGGAUACAUUUUAAUUUUAUUUAUGACCUUUGCUGUCAGGAAUGUGUGGUGUGUUCAGAGAGGUUUGACUUCUCCUGAAUGUUAGAAUGAGUUUCCUUACUGUCUAAGAGCAAGUUCAAAGGUCACACCACUGGUUCUGCAUAUUUCCCAUCCAUUAAUUACAAAUCUUUUAUUUUACAUCACUGCUGGUAAUUCAUGUCAUCAGAUUUUAGGUUUAUUUAAGCCACCUAAGUUUGUUUCCAUGAAAAUCAACUUGAAACUUGCUACUUUUUUCCAAGAGUUAAAUUUGAACUGAAUGGUAGUGUGUUUGGUUAAUAUACGUUUACUACACACUGUAUGUGUAUAUACUAUACAUAUAUAUAUUUGGUUCAUUUUAGGCAAAAUGUGAAAAGAAUACUCAACUAUAAUAAAAGACUGGUUAUGUUUCACACAUAAUACAAAGUGCUACACAGAGUAAAAAAAAAGAUGGAUGGAUCCAUGAUGAAACCUUAAAAUACAGCAACACUACGAUUACAAGGAUAAACAAGAUCAGCAUGACAUCACAAAAUAUAAGUACAGCACUUUAUUAUCCUCAAAGCUGCCAAUUGUGUUGCAUUCACCAACACUGAAAACAAACAAACAAAAACCGGCCCUGUAAAUGCAACAUGAAUGAAUGAAUAAAGUAAUUAUCUAUCUAUCUAACAAUGACUGAUGUUCAUGGUGAGAAACCACAUUCAGUGGCAAAGAAAACUUACAUUCAGCACCUUCAACAACACAAAUGUGUCAAAUAUUUUUGAUUCAACUUGAUGAAUACUACAUCAGCCCCCAGAUGGUGACAUAAAGCUGCAUGUUCUGCUCUAUUUGGCAAGUUCAUGCACAGAAACAUCAUCCGCUGGUAAAAAAGGACUUCUUUACAUUAGCGGAAAAACAACACUGUAGAAGUCGUAAUGAGAAGACAUGAGUAUUUUGAUUCAUAAAUGCUGUAAAUUUGGAAAUGUAAAUUCACCUCUGAGUAAUUUGGCAGCCACGAUGUACAUCACAAUGAUGUAAAACUGAUAAAAGUUUAGUUUUACGUGCAUGAAGAGCUCAGUAAUGUAAAUGUAAUGCAGAACAGUGACUGAAGAUUUCACAUCAUGAUAUGCUAUACAUACAAAAGUAUAUCUUCCAUAUAUCAUUCAGUUUUGGUGGUUUUACCCAUCUCAAGCAAGUAGAUUUAAAAAAAAAAAGAUGUACUGAAAUAAUUGAAACAAAUGGCUGCCGCGGGUAGAUAAAACUAAAAACGGAUGGUAUAAGUGUGAAAUGUAAUCAGUGGUGAUGUAAAAUUGAAUGUAGUUAAUGAGUCAAAUAAAACAUGCGAAACCAUCAGGUUGUUCCUAUAACAUCAGAAGAUAUUUAACCUUAUUUAAUACAAAUGUAUUACAGCAUAAUGAAGUCAUAAUGCAGUAAUGUAUAACUGUCAGUGUUACUGUUCACAUUAAUUUCACAUGGUUCACUUAUCUCACUGUAUGAUUGAUUGAAGACAGUUUGAGUUAGGGUGAAGCUCACUACUUAUACCUGAUACUCUGUGACUCUCCCUCCACCUGUCUGCGGUGUUUCGCCUGUUAAACAUGCAAACAGUGUCUUUGUGUUUCACAUGGAUGACGAGUCAAGUCUCUGUCAUUUUUCUAUCCGUUUUUCUAUCCAGGUUUGGUUUUUAAAGCUGAUGUGAAUGUGAAUGUGCCUUAUUUAAGUCACUCCCAAAUAACCAAUAAUAAACCUAUCAUUUGAACUAUGA